AUGGCAAGAGACGAUGAGGAAUUGCCUCCAUCAUAUGAAGAUGUUAUUAGAGAGGAUCUAAAAGGAUCCCAAGGGGCAGGUUCAGGCGGCUCUGUCCCACAGAUGCCACCCAGACCAAGCAGUGGAGCUCCUCCUCCCAGACCAGCUAGACCAUCUCGGCCCUCUGCCGGAAAUUCGGCACAAUCUUCUGCAAGCUCAAGGCCUCCAAUGAGUCCCAGACCUUCCGCCCCUACACCUGGUGGGAGCGCGUCUACACCGCAAUCUCGAUUACCCUGGGUCUACCCUAAGGGCUACUACUGUAGUAAAUGCGGUAACACUGGAUACAAGAUCAAGAAUGGACGCUCCUGUAAGCGUUGUUGGCGCAAAUUUGCCCCCAUCACACCAGCCCAGAACGUAGAGGUGGUGUAUCAGGAUGCACACCAACCCUGGUUGCCUGGUGCUCCGUAUCAAGCUUAUUCUCCAUAUGGCACUCCGCUGGCUCCACCCAUGGCUGCCCCAAUAAGACCUGGUGCUGCACCGAUGAUGCUACGUCCAGGAGAUCCUAGAAUAGGUGGUGUUGUAUGCGGCGAAUGCAGGGGACGGGGAAUGAUCCGAUUUUUCCUGGACGACAAGAUUUGUCCUCUAUGUCAUGGAGUUGGUAGAAUUCGCGUCUGA